GUUUGGACACCACCAAUUGAUCUUCAAGGCAAUUCUGCAGUUCCCGCACAAUACAGGAAUGUACGUAAAAAUCAAGUUCAACAUCUGACCUAUGGAGGGCAGUACUACGCUGAUCAGCGUCUAAACUGCCGGAAUCAGUCAGAAGAAUAGUUAGAUUUCGCUGUUCCCGCCGCCCAGCAAGUUUUUGUUAACAAUGGUUAGAAAGUGUUUUCUUGGUUGUGAAGGGACCUCUCCCUUGUAUGGUUUGCCAAAGGCAGAGCCUUCACGUAGCCGUUGGCUAGAUUUCAUUUUUAACCCUAUUCCCCCGACUUUACCGAGCCUUUUUCUGUGUCGCCUCCACUUCACGGAUGGCUGCUUCAGCAACCUGCGUUUGUUCAGCAAUGGAUUUGCGAAACUGCUAGCUCUUAGGGAAGAUGCUGUUCCAACACUUUGUGGCCCAAUGGGUGAAGAUGCCUCUCAACAUCAGGACUGCAGCGCCCAUUAUCGCCCCUUUGAACACGUCGGAUGCCAGACUGACACGCCUCAGAGGAUAUCGACGGGAACCCAAACAAACUCACCGGUGGGAAUGCAUUCUGUGGGAAUACAAAGUGCACGGUUGAAGUCGACAUCAGUCGGCACACAGUUGUCCAUGGGAUCGCUAAAGGCACACGUAAGAAGCAAAGGUAUGUAGCCACUAUGAGUUUUUAGUGUCUUAGUAUGCAAUCCAUACGAAACUUAGAGCAUCUUUUUCCUGUGUAUUGGGAUGUUGUAUUUUUUUUAAUAUGGGCUAUGCAUACGUUCAUUUAUGACAUAAUUACUUUCUACUAACAAUUCGAUAAAAACAUCUGCUAAAUAACUUCAUAACCAAAUAGGAUAUGAUUUAUAUUUGCAAAUGGCUUCUUGUAUGUGUGAUGGGAAACAAAGGUUUACUCUGCAGUGUUACUCCAAUACCAAGGAAAAAACAACAGCUAAAUUAUUAUUUCCGGUUUCUAAUACGAUUUGUUUCUGUUAUUUGUAGCCAUGCAGACACAGGUGUCUCCUGUCAGUGCAGACUUCGGAACAACUGCUCAUUUGCAAGACUCACUGCUGACUUCAACCCCAAUAAAGGGCCCAGGCUGGCGACCUAGCAAGAGACCACGGCUUGAGUUGGAGGAAGAGGAGGAGAGUGACUCCUCAAAUGAAUCACAUAAAGAUCCGCUGGACUCGACAUACAACCCUGGUGACUCUGUUCUUACAGAGGAAACUGACGUCUCGUAUGAGACACAGCCCACACCGAAUGAGGCUAAGUAUAUUGUCUUUGAAAGCUGCCUCAAACAACUGUUAGAAAACUGCCCCGUGUGUAAGGGAGGCUGUGAUCUUCAACAGCGAAGGAUCGGUACCUAUGUGGCUUUCACUCAGAAAUGUCUACACUGCAGCUACUUCAGACAUUGGGAGAGUCAGCCCAUGGCUGGAAAUACCCCCAUCGGCAACCUGCAACUUUCAGCUGCUACCUACUUCACAGGGUCCUCCUUCAUCCAACUACAAAAGGUGUGUGAGGCCAUGCAACUCCAGAUAUUUCAGUAUGACACCUUCAGGAGGCAUGUAAGGAAUUACAUGGAACCGGCUAUUGUUCACAAGUGGAAGAUGGAUCAGCAGCAUCAUUUCCAGCAACAGUUGCGCCUUGGUGGGUCAGUUGCAGUGGGAGGAGAUAUGAGGGCAGAUUCUCCAGGGCACUCAGCUAAGUUUGGCAGCUACUCAUUAAUGAAUCUGGAGAGCAACACCAUUCUGGACAUUCAACUUGUUCAGAGCAAUGAAGUAGGCGGCAGUUACCACAUGGAGAAGGAGGGACUCAAAAGAUGCCUAGAUCAUCUGGAGGCAAACGGAUUUAAGGCGGAUUACAUUGUUACAGACCGCCAUCCACAGAUCCAGAAAUAUCUGAGGGAACGGAACAUCACGCAGUUCUAUGACGUCUGGCACUUUGAGAAAGGUUUGUCUAAGAAACUGGAGAAAGCAUCGCACAAAGAAGACAUUCUUAAGAAAUGGCUACAGAGCAUCAAGAACCAUGUGUACUGGUGCGCUACGUCAUCAACCACUGGACCGGAAAAAGUGGCAAAGUGGACAUCGCUGCUAAAUCACUUGCAAAAUGUUCAUGAUCAUGAAGACCCCCUUUUCCCCAAAUGUCUGCAUCCUGAACGAGCGUCGAGGGACCCCAACAAAUGGCUACAACCUGGGUCAGUUGCACUUCACAAAGCUGAGAAACUACUGCUUAACAAACGAGUCCUGAAGGAUGUAGCAAAACUCAGCCAUCAUCACCAGACGUCAUCGCUGGAGUCAUUCCACAGUCUGAUACUGCGUUUUGCUCCAAAGAAUGUGGUUUUUCCCUUCAUGGGAAUGUUGUGCAGGUUGUAUCUUGCAUCAAUGCACCACAACGAAAAUGCUUCACGGGUGCAAGCUACGACUUCUGCAGGGCAGGCUGUUUAUAAAGUUGUCUAUCCAAAGGCGAAGAUGGGGGAAGGUGUUGUGAAGCCCGUGAAAACAGAUCCAACAUUCAACUAUGUACAUGACCUCAUGAGGCUGCUCAUGGAGGUUUUUGAGGACCCAACAUCAUUUGACGAGGAAAUGAAGACUAUCCCCAUCCCUCCAGACCUUUCAGCAGAAAAUACACGCACUCCGAAGGCUGAGCUGGUUGCCCGUCACAUCUCCCGCUUCAAUCUAGAGGUGGUCUGAAGCCUACGUAGUCACCAGAUGGGAACUGCUGCCGUAUCCGCUGCACCACACAUGACGGGAGGACGACCCGACAACUAUGUCCUAAAUAUCCCCAGCACCAGCUUACAAAGCUGCGAUAGGCAAGAUGCCUGAAACGCCUAAGGGAAAAAGAGCAGAACUUUCAGACCACCUGUUUUCAACAAUAACCUCUUAUAGGCUGGGCCUACACUGGGCCUUACUGUGCACCCCCCACCUCCCAACGAAACCAACUAUUUUUUAAUGGUCUGACCAUGCUGAACAUAAAAA